UAACCAGCAGCAGCCGAUCGAUCGAGACCAACCUAGCUAGCUGUACACUACGACGAUCGACGAGCUAGCUAGUUAAGGAGGGUUAGUCGAUCGAGAUUCUUAAUUAGCAUCGAUCUCGUCGAGAUCGACGACGGAUCGAUGAUGGCGCGGUGGUCGGUUUCGAUUGCCGCCGUGGCGGUGAGCCUGCUGUACAUGGCGGCGGUGACGGCAUCGGCGCAGCCGAGCAACUUGAAGGUGAUCACCAUGGACUCCAAGCGCAACAGCAAAUUCACCUGCACCAACACCGACCCCAAGACGAACAGGACCAAGCCCGGGUGCUCGGCCACCUGCCCCGCGCGCUGCCCCAACAAGUGCCUCGUCCACUGCCCAACCUGCAAGACAUUCUGCCUGUGCGACUUCUACCCCGGCGUGUCCUGCGGCGACCCGCGCUUCACCGGCGCCGACGGCAACACCUUCUACUUCCACGGCAACAAGGACCAGGACUUCUGCAUCGUCUCGGACGCCGACCUCCACAUCAACGCCCACUUCAUCGGCAAGCACAACCCCGCCAUGAGCCGUGACUUCACAUGGAUCCAGGGGCUCGGCAUCCGCUUCGCCCACCACCACCUCUACGUCGGCGCUGUCAAGACCGCCAGGUGGAACGCCGCCUCCGACCACCUCAGCGUCGCGUUCGACGACGAGGAUGUCACCCUUCCCGCCUUCGUUGGCGCCAGGUGGACCCCAGCCACCGCGCCGGCGCUGUCCGUCACGAGGACGGCGCAGGUGAACACCGUCGUGGUGGAGCUCAAGGGCGUCUUCCGCAUCAUGGCCAACGUGGUGCCCGUCACGGCGGAGGACUCGCGGAUCCACAACUAUGGCGUCACGGAGGAUGACAGCCUCGCGCACCUCGACCUCGGCUUCAAGUUCUACGACCUAACCGAUGACGUCCACGGCGUGCUCGGACAGACCUACCGCCCCGACUACGUCAACAGGCUCAACGUCGCCGCCAGAAUGCCCGUCAUGGGCGGCACCGACAACUUCGUCUCCUCGGCCUUGUUCUCCACCGACUGCGCCGUUGCCAGGUUCGACCGCGGCAGCGCUGCUGCGGCGGGCGCUGGCGCUGGCAUCGCCAUGGUCACGGACGCCAAAUACGUGUAGAUCCAAUCCAAGUGCGUACUACGAGCUACGUACGUCGUAUGAAAAUUAACAUGCAUGCAUGCAUGAGCCGCGCAUAUGCGAACGUUAACUAGUAAUUGCUGAUGUACCAACAGCGUAAUUAUAUAUGUGCCCCGGUCAAAUUAAAUUGUUGGUGUAUUGGUUAAUACUGAAAUAAACUUAUGUAUGCA